CUUCCAACUUAAUACACCAUAGCAAUAUAUGGAACCCCCCACCACUCUGCAUGCAGCCAGCCGCCAUUUGCAAUCACGCCAACCACUGAAGUUCCCAGAAACUCCGCGAUAUCGUUUUCUUUUUCAAAACUAAUUCUCGUUUUCUAUGCCACAAUUUCAUCCUUCCUUCUUUUUUCUCUCUAAGAUUUUCUUUUCCUCUUCCGAUUUUCCCGGAUUCCUCUUCUUAACUUUUCCACCUGCCAUUUCCUCGACGAGAAAAAUUCGAGAAACCGCAUAAUACAGCGUUCGAAUAGGUCGUUUUUUCUCCUUUCUAUAGUUUUAAUCUGCUUCAUCUCCUUCCAGUUUGAGGGUUUUCUGUAAAAAGUAUUUACAAGAUUAAAGAUGAAAUUCGGCGAGACGUUCAUGGAGUAUUUGCACGGUGAUCGAGAAUGGUUCUUGGAUAAAUGUUCGCAUGUUGAGUAUAAGCGGUUGAAGAAGGUUCUUAAGAGCUGUCGUACUUGCAGGCUCAAUGAUUCCUGCAGUAAUGAAUGUGAAUGUAAAUCUUGCCCUGUAUGCGAUCAGUUGUUCUUUUCGGAGUUGAUGAGGGAAGCCUCGGAUAUUGCUGGAUGUUUCAACACAAGAGUUAGACAUCUUCUUCAUCUUCAUGUUGCAGGAGGAAUUGAGAGAUACAUGUCACGAUUGGUUCAUUGCUUCAAAACCGAUCAAACCACCUUGAUACAAGAAGGUCGAAUGCUGAUUGAAUAUGUUACAAUGAAUGCUAUUGCUAUCAGAAAGAUUCUCAAGAAGUAUGAUAAGGUACAUAGCUCUGUAAAUGGAAAAAACUUUAAGUUGAGAAUGCGAGCUGAACAUAUGGAGCUUUUGCAAUCCCCUUGGCUUAUAGAAUUGGGUGCUUUUUGUUUGAAUUUUAAAGGAUCCAAGGAUGGAGAUUAUCCUUCAGGAUUCUCCACUCACUUUUCCUUUAAUGUGGAUGCGGCACCGACAAUGACGUUGAUGCUUCCAGAUUCUAUAAAGUUGGAAUAUGAUCUUACUUGCCCUAUAUGCUUGGAAACAUUAUUUGAUCCAUAUGCUUUGGGUUGUGGACAUCUCUUUUGCAAAUCAUGUGUUUGUUUAGCAGCUUCAGUGAUGAUUUGCGAUGGACCAAAGGCUGCCAGCCCGGAAUCUAAAUGCCCAGUUUGUAGAGAGACCGGAGAGUAUCCUAAAGCAUUGCACAUGGUUGAACUGGAUAUGCUAUUGAAAAGAAGGUGUAAAGAUUACUGGAAGGAGAGGCUAGUGGAAGAACGUGCUAGAGUGUUGAAACAAACCAAAGAUUUCUGGGAUUCUCAGACUAGAUACGUGGUUGGGUACUAAAAAUUUACCCUACAGAAAACCCAUCUUAUAAUCACUUUCAUUUUUAACAUAACAGCUUCUACGUUUGUCCUCAGAGGAGUUGGUGGCAGCUGUAGCCUAUUUUACGCAAACACAAGAAAAAACAGGCUUUGUUUUUUUUCUUUUUGAAUUUUGUCAUUUUCCUUAUCCACACACAGGUUCAGAUUCGAAGAAGAAUUUGUUUGACAUGAAUUUUGGAUUGAUAGCGAAAGAAAAGUAAGAAAAAUAAAAAUAAAACACCUUCUAGUCGUGCCUAAAAGUGUAAUGAUUACACGUGACAUUAAGUAGUGGGCUUGUUUGGUGGUAUUUGUGUGAGGAUAAAGAAUUCUUGUUUUCAUAUUUCCUUAGUUUAUAUUAAUUAAUAAAAUGACUUGUGAUAUUGGUAGGUGGCU